AUGUUUUUACUGUUCUUACUGUUAGACUCAUUUAGCUUUAUCCAGUGCGUAAAAAUCUUGGGAAUCUUUCCUACACCCUCGUACAGCCACCAGAUAGUUUUCCAACCGAUAUGGAAAGAAUUAUCCUUACGAGGCCACAAUGUUACCGUUGUUACUCCUCAUCCACUUAAUGACUCAAGUUUAACAAACCUGACAGAAAUAGACGUGUCUUUCGUGUACGACAUAGUACCAAAGUACGGAUGGCCAAAGGAAUAUUUAAAGUUGCCUUCAACGUUGCAUAAACUUGAUUACUUUCUUAAUGCAGGAAAUGACUUCACAAUGGAAAUCUUUGAAUAUGGACCAGUACAACGUAUCAUUGUUCAGCGUGAUGCGUUUGAUUUGCUGAUAGUGCAACUGUCCCACAACAUGAAUUUGCUGUUGUAUGGAUUGGCUUUCAAUCUUCAUAUUCCAAUUGUUGGCAUCUCCUCACUAGGACUAUACCUACAUUCCCAUGAUGCCCUUGGCAACCCAACUCAUCCAAUCGUAUCACCCGACGUGAUGCUGAACUUCUACGGAAGGUUAUCAUUCUUCGAGAAGGUCCAAAGUUUUCUGUACAAUAUUUGGUACAGGAUGUUUUAUUACUGGUAUGCACUUCCUAAGGCAGAUAAGAUUGCUAGGAAAUAUUUUGGGGAAGAUAUGCCUUACUUGGGAGAUCUGGAAAGAAAUAUCAGUUUGUUGUUAUUAAAUGUGAAUCCCAUUAUUCAUAAUGCAAGACCUAAUGUUCCGAAUAUCAUUGAGAUUAAUCAAAUGCAUAUCAAGGAGAGAAAACCGUUACCUAAGGAUAUACAAGAAUACCUAGACUCCGCUUUACAAGGAGUAGUUUACUUCAGUUUGGGAUCAAACGUAAAAAGUGCCAAUUUGACUGAGCAAAUAAGGAAAGAAAUUGUUGCUGCAUUGGGAGAACUACCUUACAAUGUUUUAUGGAAAUGGGAAACUGACUAUCUUCCCGAUAAACCUGAUAAUGUAAUGACAAAAAAGUGGUGCCCUCAACAGGAUAUUCUUGCACAUCCAAAUAUUAAGGUGUUCGUUAUGCAGGGAGGAUUACAAUCUAUAGAAGAAGCUAUAACGUUAGAAGUACCUUUUGUAGGAAUCCCUUUAAUAACUGACCAACAUGCCAACGUCAAAAGAAUAGUAGAAUUGGGGCUAGGUGUUAAAGUUGACUACAAAACCUUGACGAAGGACAUUCUGCAGAAUGCUAUUAUGGAGGUAGCGCAGAAUCCAACAUAUAAGGAAGAAGUUAGAAAAGCAAAAAGUAUACUAUUGGACGAACCCAUGAAGGGAGUCGAAAAGGCAGUUUGGUGGAUAGAGUACGUUAUCAGACACAAAGGCGCCAAACAUCUGAGAAGUCCAGCAGCAGACAUGUCGUUCUGCGAGUACUUCAUGGUUGAUGUUGUACUAUUUCUGUUGACAUGUAUCACAGUUGUUUUAUACUCUGCAUAUAAAUUACUGACUGUGCUAAGGUCUAUGUUAAGGAGUUUAAAGAAGAUUAAAAAGCAAUAGUUUUCAAUUUCAGUAGAUAUGCGGCAAAAUAAACAGUACUGAAAUGAAUAUUUGAAAUGUUUAGUACAUACAUGUAUUAUUUAUACAAUAAUAUUUACAUAUACCCUUGCACACGUUAUUCAAGACGACGCACGCGACGUUCCCGAUAAUAAUGAUGUUCAAGAUGCCCUCCGUUCAGUUUCAAGCAUUUUUCGUAGCGUUCACGAAAGUUCUCAAUAAUGUCUGUGAACGAAGGCUGUUGAAUGGCACAAAAAAAAUCUUUAAUUUUAGUC